AUGGCGAAGUCCUUAGCAUCACAGCUGGGCUGCGAGGUGCCUUUGGCAGCCGCAGCUUUAAAGAUCUGCGGGGGCCAUCGCGAUCGAGCUGAGACGGUGCUGAAGGAGCCCUACACCUACCCUGCGCUUGAUCCUGGACCUGAUCAUGGCGACGCGGUCUUCCAGCAUCCCUAUGUCCAAUGUUUGCUGGAGGUGGCCCAACAGCAGGUGCAGCAAGCGCUGAAGCAGCAAGGGCCAGCCGAGCAGAGAUGGCUGAUUUGCAUUCGAACUUUCGACCGCGCCGGCCUCCUGUGGCAAAAGUCUGAUCUUCACCGAUACCUCCAUGGGGUUCUCUGCAAAUCCUCGGCUGACUCGUAUGAAGCGAAGCUUGGGGCCGCAAAGCUCGGCCUGUCUGACUUGAGGGAGAUGGCCAAGAAGCCCGGAGGACUCAAGAAUGCGCUGGCCAACGCAGGCAUAUCAAACGUUAUGGAGAAGACAGCUAAGCUGCUGGCUUCCAAGCUCCAUGAGCCCUUGGAAAAGGUCGAGAAGAAAGCCCGCAGCCAUGAGAAAGGCCUCAGAGAGCUAACGCUGCACGCCCUGGAGCAGGCACUUGGACCAGAAGCGUGGCGUCGGUGCCUGAUCUUCGUAUCUCACACGGACAGCGCGUGGACCUCCGGAAGGUACUCGUCGGCACUUCGCGACACCCCUUGGGCGGAGAGAGUCGUGGUCGGCGUGCGCGGGGCGCAUCUGCAGGUGCGCUUCAUGGAAGAAGCGGCUCCCAAAGGUGCUCAUUUGGUCGUCAUGGACGACAACAUCGAGAGCUUGGUCGCAGAGGUACCGCUGAAGGAGCUGAGGGAGAAACAGAAAAAUGAAGGGAUCUAUAGCUGGGGGAGCCAGCCUUUGCGUUUUGGGCGCUGGUGUACUCCCCUGGCUGGCACAGGCCUGGACAGUGUGGAAGAGUCCGAAUCCCUCUGCUGGUUGCGCGGUUUGCUUCCCGAGCUCGAGAAGCUAAACAGAGAUGGCCAUGUCGAAGACGCUCUUCGAAAGAAGCGUGUCGCGCGCCUUUCGAAGCUGAAAGCGUUGGGUCCCCAUCGCCAAGAUGGCUUGCUGGAAGAGCUUGGGAUAGCGAAGCGGAAGCGAUGCGCGCUUCUGAAGGCGCUGAAGUCCGUGUCAAGUCCAGGCAUGCCCCCUCGCUUGCAGUGGGCCAGGCCAAGCAACAAGGGCUCAGAAGUGGUGGGUUCGGAGCUAUUUCACUUGAUUUCCCGAGCGGGGAAGGAGAUGGAGAAUCAACACGUGAGCUUGUGGGGUGUGAAUCCUUCUCGCAACCACUACUUCUUGGCGGGAGUCGGGGACACACUGCGCCAGAAAGCACAGACAAAGGGAAUUUUUCAAGACUUUUCAACAAAGCUGGGCCUCGUGUACGGUGCCUUCUUCGGAUUCCGAGUGCUUCAUGAUGCGAGACGCUACACGCGAUCAGGCCAAGUGAAGGAUGACGUGGAACGCACUUUGCGACACUGGCAUCUUGAUGGCAAAAUACUUCGAUUCAAGCGCUAUUCGGCCGACAAGAACACCUAUAAGCCCGGCAUCUUCACUCCAAAGAAAGGCGGCAUUUCUGCGAAUUCCUCUGAAGCUGAGCACACUGCGGAAGCUCGGGCGGCAACAUGCAGACUAGUCGAAGAAUUUGGUGCUUACGUUCGUCUGCCAACAGCUGGAGAGAAGACUUCCUGCGGACUCGUGUGGCAUGGAACCGAAGCCACACAAAGCAAGAGGAGCGUCAAGAGGAAGGCGAUCGUGACUGGACCAGAUGUAUCCGAUUCACCAGCGCCUCUGCGCAAAGAACGCAGAGUCCAGUUGUGA